AUGACUGUCAAGCAACCCCCAAUCCGACGCAUCGACCGGGCCGACGUGGAGGCCAUCAUCCAAGCUAUCAUCGAGGAUGGCUGCUGUAUCAUCAAGGAUUUCACCGAUGUAGCGACUGUAAAGCAGGUUAAUGAGGAGGUACAGUCCUACCUUGAUGCCGACAAGCCAUGGAAGGGUGACCUCUUCCCACCCGAAACCCGCCGCUGUGCGAACCUCGCAGGUCGCAGCAAGACUGCCCGGGAGAACUGGCUGAUUGACCCGCUUAUUCGUACGUUAACAGCAAGAUUCGUUGACAAGACGACUUCCAACUUCUACGGAGAAACGAAGCAUACGUAUACCAGCGAGGCGAUAUGCUCGAUCGCGAUGACUUUCGACAUUGGCCCUGGCGCGAAGGCACAGCGGCUUCAUCGUGACGACAAGAAUUUUCAUGUUGAUCAUGAAGAGCAGAGCGCUACGGGCUAUCGGGUGGGCUCGGAUGUGAUGAUGGCCUUCAUGGUUCCCGGGAUCAAGACAACAGUCGAGAAUGGUGCCACCAUCGCUAUCCCCGGUAGUCACCUGUGGGGAUCCGACCGGGCACCCAAGCUGGAUGAGGCCGUGGCGGCGGAGAUGAAUGUGACCGACUGCUGGGUGAUGCUGGGAGGACUGUAUCAUGCAGGGGGUGCGAAUGUCACACAAAACGAACGACGGGUGGUACAUGGCAUGUUCUUCACGCGCGGAUUCCAUCGACAGGAGGAAAAUGUUUAUCUUGCCAACACAGCUGAAGAAGUUCUAUCUUGGUCUCCGGAGGCUCAGAAGGUGAUGGGAUACGAGGUAUCUAGUCCCAACAUUGGCUUUGUUAACUUCCAGACCCCGCUUCAAUAUUUGCGCGGAGAGGGAGUCGGGGACGCAUUUGUGGACUUUGACCCUUCCCAGGAGCAACCUAAAUGA